AUGGACAACGGGUCGUGCUGUCUCCUGGAGGGGGACCCCAUCUCUCAGAUCAUGCCGCCGCUGCUCAUUCUGACCUUCGUGCUGGGCGCCCUGGGCAAUGGGGUGGCCCUGUGCGGCUUCUGUUUCCACCUGAAGACGUGGAAAGCGAGCACCAUUUACCUGUUCAACCUGGCGGUGGCCGAUUUCCUCCUCCUCGUCUGCCUGCCCUUGAGGACGGAUUAUUACCUGCGCCGGCGCCACUGGGUGUUCGAGGACGUCUCCUGCCGCCUGGUGCUCUUCAUGCUGGCCACCAACAGAGCGGGGAGCAUCGUCUUCCUCACCGUGGUGGCCGUGGACAGGUACUUCCGCGUGGUCCACCCGCACCACAGGGUGAAUGGCAUGUCCACGCGGGCGGCGGCGGGCGCUGUGUGCGCGCUGUGGGCGCUGGUGGUGCUGGGCACCCUGAACCUGCUCACCGAGAGCCACCUGUGCGCGCAGCCCCACGCCACCUCGUGCAAGAGCUUCAUCAUGGAGUCGGCCAACGGCUGGCACGACAUCAUGUUCCAGCUGGAGUUCUUCCUGCCCCUGGCCGUCAUCGUCUUCUGCUCCCUGAGGAUGGUGUGGAGCCUGCGGCGCCGGCGGCUGGCCGGGCGCGGCCGGGCGCGCGUCGGCCGGGCCUCGCGCCUCAUCGUGGUGGUGGCCGCCGUGUUCGUCACCUGCUACCUGCCCAGCGUGCUGGCCAGGCUCUACUUCCUGUGGACCGUGUCCUCCAGCGCCUGCCACCCCUCGGUCCACGCGGCCCUCCACGUCACGCUCAGCUUCACCUACCUGAACAGCAUGCUGGAUCCCCUGGUGUAUUAUUUCUCCAGCCCUUCCUUCCCCAAAUUCUACACCAAGCUGGGAAUCUGCCGGUCGAGGCCCCCGCGGCCCGGGAACGCCGCCUCGCAGCCGCCCGGCCAGGCCGGCUCAGACCUGCGC